CCAGUGGUGGAGACAAAGUACCGAAAGGAUUACAAGAAAUACGGAGAAAUGAUACAUUUUAUUAAACUGAAACUGCACACCACUUGAAUUCCUGUGUAACAAGACAUCGCUAGCAAUUCAGAGAAUUAGGCACGGGUGAAUCACUGGAGGAUCCUGAAAUGUCGGUCAGCGUCCACGAGAACCGGAAGUCCCGCACCAGCACGGACUCCAUGAACAUCUCCCUCUUCCACAAGCCGUCGCACCCGGACAGCGUGCUCACCCACCUCAACACCUUGCGCAAGCAGUGCAUGUUCACGGACGUGACGCUGUGGGCGGGCGACCGCUCCUUCCCCUGCCACCGCGCUGUGCUUGCCGCCUGUAGCCGCUACUUCGAGGCCAUGUUCAGCGGCGGCCUGCGGGAGAGCCUGGACAGCGAGGUCAACUUCCGCGACAGUGUCCACCCUGAGGUGCUGGAGCUGCUGCUGGACUUUGCCUACUCCUCCCGCCUCAUCAUCAAUGAGGAGAACGCCGAGUCGCUGCUGGAGGCCGGCGACAUGCUGCAGUUCCACGACAUCCGCGACGCGGCUGCCGAGUUCCUGGAAAAGAACCUGCACGCCUCCAACUGCCUGGGCAUGAUGCUGCUGUCAGACGCGCACCAGUGCAAGCGGCUCUACGAGCUGUCCUGGAGGAUGUGCCUGGUGCACUUUGAGACCGUGAGGGACACCGAGGACUUCUACAGCCUCUCCAAGGAGAAGCUCCUGGACCUCAUCCUCAGCGACGAGCUGGAGAUCGAGGACGAGCAGACAGUGUUCAACGCUGUCAUGCGCUGGGUGAGGUACGACCUGGACAGCCGCAGGGACUACCUCCCGGAGCUGCUCCAGGGCAUCCGCCUGGCCCUGCUGCCCUCCGAGUGCCUCCUGGAGGCCGUGGCCUGCGAGGAGCUGGUGAUGUCGGACAAGCGCAGCAUGCAGAUCGUGGAGGAGGCCAUGCAGUGCAAGAAGAAGAUCCUGCAGAACGACGGGGUCGUCACCAGCCCCUGUGCCCGUCCCCGCAAGUCUGGCCACACGCUGCUUAUCCUCGGGGGCCAGACCUUCAUGUGCGACAAAAUCUACCAGGUGGACCAUAAAGCCAAGGAGAUCAUCCCAAAGUCGGACCUGCCCAGCCCCAGGAAGGAGUUCAGUGCCUGCGCCAUAGGGUGCAAAGUAUAUGUGACUGGGGGGAGGGGGUCGGAGAAUGGGGUCUCAAAGGACGUUUGGAUAUACGACACGGUCCACGAAGAGUGGUCCAAGGGAGCGCCCAUGUUGAUCGCGCGUUUCGGCCACGGUUCAGCAGAGCUGGAGAACUGCCUCUAUGUGGUUGGUGGCCACACGGCUAUAGCGGGAGUUUUCCCAGCAUCCCCUUCAGUGUCCCUCAAGCAGGUUGAGCGUUAUGACCCCCUUGUCAACAAAUGGACCAUGGUGGCGCCCCUCAGAGACGGGGUCAGUAAUGCGGCGGUGGUCAGUGCUAAGCUAAAACUCUUCGUCUUCGGUGGCACCACCAUCCACAGGGACAAGGCCUCCAAGGUGCAGUGCUACGACCCUGUGGAGAACCGCUGGAACAUUGCGGCGGAGUGCCCGCAGCCCUGGCGGUACACGGCGGCUGCCGUGCUGGGCAGCCAGAUCUUCAUCAUGGGCGGCGACACAGAGUUCACGGCCGCCUCCGCCUACCGCUUUGACUGCGAAACCAACCUGUGGACGCGCGUUGGCGACAUGACCUCCAAACGUAUGAGCUGCCACGCUGUGGCGUCCGGGAACAAACUGUACGUGGUCGGGGGUUACUUUGGAACUCAAAGGUGCAAGACGUUAGAUUGUUACGAUCCUACCUCUGAUAGCUGGAACAGCAUAACCACAGUGCCUUACUCCCUCAUUCCCACUGCGUUCGUGAGCACCUGGAAACAUCUGCCUGCCUAAUGCUGUUGGAAUGUAAUGGGACUUUCGAUUGAAUUUGAUGCCGCGGUUUCCUCCCUGCGGCGAGUGGCGGGGAUCGGCUUUCUCUCCCGACGCUGGCAGGCGGCAGGUGACCGGGGCGUGGCUCGGCUGGGGACUGGAAACACCUACCCCCUUCUUCCCGACCGGAGAGAAGCGGAGCGAGGCAGCAGGAAGCGGGAGCGCCCGGGAAAGGUGGUCGUACGCCGGACCGACUCCCCCCCCCA